GAAAUUAGGGUUUUAGUAUUUUAGUGAGUGGUCUCUUCUUCUACAUUGUUUGCAGCUUCUUUGAUCGACUGAGAGAAUCCAAAGGCUUUUUACAACCAUGGGAGGCGAAGACAUGAUUGACCACCUUAACGAGGAAGAGGAAGAGGAAGAGGAGGAGUUCAACACACCAGAACCUCUAGAGAAGAAGCAAAGGAAAGGGAAGGAGAUUGCAACAGAAACAGAAACAGAGGAUCAAAACAGAGACAAGAAAAUCAGACUCAAGGUGACACAAAUCCGCGAGAGACCCGAUAGAAUCUCUCCUAUCGUCGCUUAUUUCUCUACAAGCUACGAUCCUUGCGAGGUGGAUCCAGAAACGGGCGAGAAAGUUCAUGAAACCCCUAAGGUUACUGUUUACAAGCACAAGGAUGAGACGAAGAAGAGGCUUCAGGUUGUGGUAAGCCCUCCUGGUGCGAACGUGGAGUUCGUUGGCACGAAUUACACUGGCGAGCAAGCGGCUAUGCAGACUACUGCUUAUGCUUUGGGUGUCGUCAAUAGAGAGAAGAAGACGAUCAGGAUUUUUCCGGUUGCUCACAAUAAGAUAAUCAGAUUGGAGCCAAGAAUUAAAACUGAAGAAGCAAAUGAGGAAGAAGCUUCAGACGCAGAACUUAGCAUAAGAGAUCGACUUAGCAAAACUAACCAGAAGUAUAGUACAAAGAAAGUUGUUUCUCGGGAUAAGAAGAAGCGUAACUUAAAUCUGGGAGAUGAUGCGGAGACCCAGAAGUUCCUUGACGGGAAACUUAAUGAACUUGAUAUUAAUACGGGGGCUCUUGAAGGCACCAGUUCCACUGUUGCACGCAACAUUCCUCCGUAUGAUGCCUCUGCACCUUCUCCAAGGGAAGCUUAUCCUUUGGACAAAAUCAUCGAAAAGGGAGAAUGGAACUUCCUUGGAGAUAUAUACAGGUUUCUGCAGCAGGAAACUGAAGCAGCACCUGACAGUUACCCUUUUUUUGUCCGCAACAGAUUGUACAAGUUGCGAGAUAUCAAGGACGAUGACGAAAAGCAGAGGGUUUCUGGUGUCUUAACGUUUCUCACCCAUCUAAUUAAGUUCAAGGACAGAAGCUCUAUGAAUUUUGAAUCCGCGAAAAACCACAGGAUUCCAGAUAUCAUCCAUCGGAAAUUUAUUAGCAUGUUCAAGGAUCCUGAAUCAGAUAGGAUACCUGUUGAGAAGUCCAACCUUCUGACAAGCUAUGUUCUUGUGCUUUCACUUCACGUGGAUAAUUUCAAGACCGAUCCAGAAGACAUAGCUAAAGAUCUUAGGAUGAGCACAGUUGAUCUGAGGAAACAUUUUGAGAACCUUGGCUGCAAAAUCUCGAUGGAGAAGACAGCUAGGGUUGCGACCUUACCGACCCCUCUCAGUUUCCCGCAGAUCAGGCGGAGGAGGAAGACACAAAAGUGAUGACGAUCUGUACUGUUUAUUUUUGCUUAUUUGCUGGUAUUUUAGACAUAUUUUUCCAUGGGUUUAAUAUAGUAUUUAAAAGACAUGUUUCUUUGGUGUAAUGAUGUUUUCGAAAAUUCCA